UAAAAUCCUCUUGCAAAGCUCUCGUUCUCUGACUUUUUAAAGCUUAUGCUGAAGGAAAAACAAUAAGCAUUCUUUUAUGACAAGAAGCUUCUUCUCCGAUUCUUUUCUCCUAGAAAAAAUCCCCAAAAAUCUCCAUGGCCACAGAAGCCGCCACCGCCAAAUUCCAAAACCCUGAUUUUCGCCCCGAUUUCCACCCAGAUAUUUCGUUAACGGCACACGACGGCCUCCAUUUCUGGCAAUUCAUGAUUGCCGGUUCCAUUGCCGGUUCAGUCGAGCACAUGGCCAUGUUUCCAGUGGACACAAUAAAGACACACAUGCAGGCUCUCGGUUCUUGUCCGAUUAAAUCCGUCAGUGUCACCCACGCGGUCCGUUCAAUCCUCCAAUCUGAAGGACCCAGUGCCCUCUACCGCGGUAUCGCCGCCAUGGGUCUCGGCGCUGGUCCCGCGCAUGCUGUGUAUUUCUCGGUUUACGAAGUAUGUAAGAAGUAUUUCUCUGGUAACAAUCCAAACAAUUCAAUAGCUCACGCUGUAUCUGGGGUUUGUGCUACGGUGUGCAGUGAUGCUGUAUUUACGCCGAUGGAUAUGGUGAAGCAGAGAUUACAAUUGGGGAAUAAUGCUUAUAAGGGGGUAUGGGAUUGUGUGAAGAGGGUUUUGAGAGAAGAGGGUUUUGGUGCGUUUUAUGCAUCCUAUAGGACUACUGUUUUGAUGAAUGCGCCUUUCACAGCUGUGCAUUUUGCUACUUAUGAGGCUACAAAAAGAGGAUUGGUGGAGAUUUCGCCUGAGAGUGCUAAUGAUGAGCGGUUGGUUGUUCAUGCGACUGCUGGAGCUGCAGCUGGAGCACUUGCAGCUUCGCUCACUACUCCACUUGAUGUUGUUAAGACACAAUUGCAGUGUCAGGGUGUUUGUGGGUGUGACAGAUUUAAAACCGGUUCAAUUGGAGAUGUGAUUCGGACAAUAGUGAAAAAGGAUGGAUACAGAGGACUCAUGAGGGGUUGGAUUCCGAGAAUGCUUUUCCAUGCACCUGCUGCAUCAAUUUGCUGGUCUACAUAUGAAGCCUCAAAAGCAUUCUUUCAGGAACUCAACGAACAGAGUAACAGUGGCAUGGUUACCUGAAAAACCCUGCAAAAUAAAUGGCAUUUAUAAUUGUCAGUUGCUGCAUCACAAAUAAUGCUGUACAAUGAACAAGAAGUUUGCUUCACGCGAGGGAUGGUAUGGUAAGCAAGGCAGAUUCACAAUCUUUCUGGUCUCAUCCCCCUCUAAUUAUUAGGCAUUAGCAGUCAAAUUGAUUGGUUAGGUAUAAUUUACUGUGUUGUAUGCAUUGUUGUCCAAUGUUUUUCUUUAUCUAAUUGUGGGUUGCAGGAAACCCAACCCUACCCCAUACAAGUCCUUUGCAUUAUUUCUCCUUUGGAAGAAAUUUUUGGCUCUAUAAUGAUGGAGGUUUUCAAUUGCAGCAAAAGCUAUUAUUCCCUUUGAUA